GAAUAUCAGAGUCAGCAAAAAUAGACUUCUUAUGAGCCAGGUGGCCUACUUCCUGAACUACCAGCUGAAGACAUACAAAGAUCGAAAAGAUCAUAAUGAAGAACAGAAAUGAAGAGACAACAAAAAUAAACUUCUUAUGAGUCAAGUGGCCUACUACCUGGGCUGCCGGCUGAAGACGGAAGUCCCUGGCUAUCUAUGUUCUGCCCCAAACUUCAGCAUGGUGGCAUCUGGCAGGCCUCCUUCCAGAACAAACACAGAGGUGAACGUUCCAGAAGGCAUUGAGAAAUCCUGCUCCCAGCAGGAAGAAAACAAACCAAAUUACAGAGCCAGCAAAAAUAGACUUCUUAUGAGCCAGGUGGCCUACUUCCUGAACUACCGGCUAAAGACAUACAGAGAUCGAAAAGAUCAGAAUGAAGAACAGAAAUGCAGAGACAGCAAAAAUAAACUUCUUAUGAGUCAAGUGGCCUACUACCUGGGCUGCUGGCUGAAGAGAGAAAUCCCUGGCUUUUUGUGUUCUGCCCCAAAUGUCACCAUGGUGGCAUCUGACAGGCCUCCUUCCAGAACAAACACAGAGGUGAACGUUCCAGAAGGCAUUGAGAAAUCCUGCUGCCAACAGGAAGAAAACAAACCGACUUUCGGAGCCAGCAAAAAUAGACUUCUUAUGAGUCAGGUGGCCUACUUCCUGAACUACCGGCUGAAGACAUACAAAGAUCAGAAAUGUCAUGAGGAAGGACAGAAACAGAGAGACAGCAAAAAUAAACUUCUUACGAGUCAAGUGGCCCACUACCUGCGCUUCAGGCUGAAGACGGAAAAAAACAACAAAGAUGAAGAUGAAGAUGUUCAUGUUGUGAAGGCUGAGAAAAUACAGGAAUCACGUGCCCCCAGGGAGGUGCAGAAGAUUGAAGUCAAGAAAGUCCCUGAGGACUCACUGGAGAAAUGUGUCAUCACUCAUUCAAAUAGCUGUGGCCCUACUGACUCCAGCCAGCCUCACAGAGACACCAAUGAAAUCACAUUUGAGGAAGAGAAUGUCGACUCUGCGCUGGUUGUAGAGAGUGAAUCAUCUCAUGAUGUGGUGGAGGAUGCUCUAAUCAUUCUUUCAGGAGGUGUACAGGAGGUGUCUGUCAGGUCUCCUAGCUUUGAUUCAGUAUCUCUCAUGUCGAAUCUGCAGGAGUCUGUGGAGGAGGAAGCCCCCCAGGAGUCCUGGGAUGAAGGUUAUUCGACUCUCUCAAUUCCUCCUGGCACAUCUGCCUCCAAUGAGUCUUACAGGAGCAACUUGCACUCAGAGGAGCAGCAAGUCAACGUGGCUGUCGACAUAGGCAGUGAGUACUCCACUGUGAAGUUGAUAAAGCUCCAAAUUGUGUCCCAGAUAGACCCCAUAGUCUUUGGGCCUUGCUCCGCUGGCCGGGCUGAGAGUUGUCGUCACUGUGGGCUGAACCUGUCCAUCAGUGUAGAUUUCAAUCACUCUGGAUUCCAGUCUGAAGCAUGGGCAUGCGAGACUAAAAAGGACCAAGAAAAGGAAGAAGGCUGGAGCCCACUGUGCCCCAGGCUCAGCAUGGAGCUGGUGGAAGCAGAAGAGCCUGAAGUCUUCUGGUACUCACUGGAUAUAUUGUGUUCAACAUAUACAGCGUAUCUUGAGUUUUAUUACACAUGCCAGGCUUACACAUAUGCCAUUUUUUUAUUUGUAGAAGAGCAUGUUCGCUUGACUUUGGACAUGGACAGUAGGUUUCUUACUAUGACAGUGAUAAGACUCCACCUGGUCUCCCAGAUAGGGGUCAUAUUCCCACACUAAGACAACAUGUCACAUGGGACUCUGCCAGUGCAGAGUAUGAACAACACCAUGUUCUUGCUGAAAACUCUUAACCUGGGUUUCAUAGCCCGAGGUAAUCUCCAGACAACUUCAGAAUGUAGAACAGUGAGCAGCACUACUGACCUGUCUCCUUAAGACCGCCCAUGUCACCACAAAUCACACAGCUAAAAGGAGAAGAGACAUUUUGGGUUGAAAAAGAGUAAAAAGAUAAUGUAGCCACAUUUCUUUAGUUCUUUUGAACCCAAAGUGUCUCCUCAUCUUUUUAUUGUUGAUGGUGGUGACAUGGGCUUGUUUGUAGAGGACAGGUCAGCUGUCUGGCUCAAUGGUCUGUACUCUGAAGUUGUCUGAAAAUGUCCUCCUGAUUAAAUUCAGCCUAAGCGUUUUUCCGGGAACACUGCAGGGUCAAUGCUUCCUCACCCAUCUGCAGGUAGAGAUAGUCCCAUGUGUCUACCACCAUGAUCAUGAUACCAGAAUUGUUCCACUAUUUGUCUAUCACCAUGAUCGUGAUACCAGGACUGUUCCACUAUUUGUCUAUCACCAUGAUCAUGAUACCAGGACUGUUCCACCAUUUGUCUAUCACCAUGAUCGUGAUACCAGGACUGUUCCACCAUUUGUCUAUCACCAUGAUCGUGAUACCAGGACUGUUCCACUAUU